AUCAUCGUAUGACCAGGAGCAGCACUGGAUCAAUAUACUCCCUUAGUACCAUUGUCAGUGGUUCCUUAUCAGAUUCAGAUGAUGAUAGUUCCUCGAGAUUAACUCCUAACAAAUCCUCCUCAGUAUUUCAUUCUUUCCGUUUGUCUCUUCGUCGACGAAAACACAAAUCAACAUCAUCGGCCACCUUAACCCCCAGCAUGCUCUCGUUGCCAUUGGCAACCAGAGAACCUUACAUGUUAACUGCUGGAAUGGAAAAUCACUUGCUUUAUUACGUAUCUCUUGAAAGUGGGCGUGGUCUCCUCGUAUCCCCUAGCAACGAGCAGGUCAGCAGUCAACCAGUUCAUAGUCAGCUACUGAUCACUUUCUGUGAGACUGCGUCAGCUAUUCACACCAUCUUACACCAGAAGAGGAGAGAGGAACAGGAGGAGAAUGUAUGGGAGGAAGAGGAGGAGGAGGAGGUAUCAUCAGUUUCCUCAAUGAAAGACGGCACUGAUGGUGUGUUUAGUUUAAGAGGGAGUUCAGUGAUAGAACAUGGAGUAUUAGUAUCAUGUACUACACUAUCAACAAGAGGGGGAGGAGUAGGAGGAGGGGCUAAGAAUGUUCACGGGUCAUUAGCUAAUCCUCCUAUACUCAACUACUGGAUAAUAGGGAGAUUGUUUGAGGAGAGAGAGUUGUACAUUUGCUAUCAGGAGAACAUGUCACAGUCAUCUGUUGAGAUUAUUUUUAAAUUGCUGUUUGGAUCAAAUAUAUUUUAA